GCUGCCGAGGGUCCGCCCCCUGGUUCGAGGCACGGUGCAGUCACAAACAGCGUGGGAUCAAUACUUCGUACAUUUCGUGUGUUUUUCUUGUUUUAAUGUCGAUAAAUUCAAGUGAAAUUAACUUAUCUACACAUUUUCCAUUAUAUCCAACGCCUCAUACAUGUCACCAAUUAUGGCUCGAGAGGAGGACCUAGUUCGGAUUGCCAAAAAACUGGACAAGAUGGUGUCUAGAAAUAACACGGACGGAGCCUUGGACCUGCUAAAAGAGCUGCAAAACUUCAACAUGACCCUGAAACUGUUGCAGGAAACAAGAAUUGGCAUGUCUGUGAAUGGAAUCAGGAAGCACUGUACUGAUGAGGAAGUUAUUGCACUUGCAAAAAUCCUCAUCAAGAAUUGGAAGAGACUUCUAGAAUCUGCCCAGAAUGAAAAGGCUGAAAAGUCAGAGUCAAUAAAAAAUGGAACAGAGGUCAGCAAAACACCAGGAAGCCCCGUCAGGAGCUCGUCCGAGGAGGAAUUUGGCCAUAGGGGGCCUAACGCAGACUUGAAACCAGAUUCAGACUUGCUGAAGAAGCACGUUGACAGGAAUAAGAAGGACAAACAUGAGGACGAUCAGCAGAAACCCAAACGGCUGUCGGUCGAUGAGGGCAAAGCGCGACCUCCGGAGGUGCCCAAGAAGGAGGCAGAAAGAAAGGACGUCCUGAAAAACGGCGUUCUCCACUCCGCGCAUCCUCUUCCGCCCACUCCGCCUCCUCCGCCCCAAAACCGACGUCUGGAGAUGAUGAGAGAGAGCAAAACACUCAUGGAUGAACUGUUUCCACCACCGCCUCCGAUUCAUAUUCCCAGACGGCCGUCAGCUGAGUCAAGGAGAGAGAGAGAGAGGAAAGCUCUGAACGAGACCACAUCAUCAUCUACAGCAAAUCCUGCGCAGCCUCUCAGAAGAGCAUCUGUAGAUAUGAAGAAGGACAGGUCAGAGUCAGGCGACACACACGUGUUCCUACAAGACAAUGGAAACUCACACCACCCAACUCCAGCCCGACGACCGUCUGUGGAGGUUAAGAAGGAGAGAAAAAAAGAACACAAUCCAGCCCCUCUUCGUCAGCACUCUCCCCCUCCUUUCAAGCGCCCUUCAACAGAGAUGAAGAAGGAAAGAAAAGAACCGCCGGACCCCAAUGCUCCUUUCGCCCCUCUCCCUUUCCACCUCCACCCCCCAGCGGUGAAAAAAGAAAGAAAAGAACCACCAGACCCCAACGCACCCUUUGCCCCUCUGGCCCUCCACCUUCACCCUCCUCCCAUGAAGAAAGUGAGAAAAGAACCCGACCCAGACACCCCUCUUCCUCCUCUUCCUCUUCACCCCCAUCCUACAAAGCACCACGCGGAGGACGUUAAGAAAGACAGAACACAUUCUAGAAAAGACUCAACAGACUCCAAGCACCAUGCUCAGAAACAGUCGUCUGGUCACUCAAAGAAAGACAGAAAAGACUCGGGGGACAAUAAACCUCACAAAAAGCCCACUGUGGAAAUCAAAAAAGACAGGAAAGACUCAACAGAUUCCAAACACCAGCCCACUAAGAGGCCGAGCCUGGAUGGAAAGAAAGAAAGGAGGGAGUCCUCUGAAGCUAAAUCAGGUCAUCAUGUCAAACGACAGCUGAGCGACUCCAAACCUGAAAGGAGAGACUCUACCAGCUCGAAAUCUGGAAGUUCACCGUCGGCUAAGAAACACACGGGAGAGAGGAGAGAGUCACAUGGCUCCAAGUUGGCUCAUCUCGGAACAUUACAGAGGAAAGCUUCCACUGAUAGCCUGGAUGGACGCAAGGGGAAACCGGACACCCCUAAAAGCCCCACCACCCCCACGAGCCCCAUGUCACCGUCCUUCAGCUCCCCAGGGGGUCCACUGUCCCCUCGGCUGCUCACUGGGGACUCCGUCCGGGACAAGUGCAUCGAGAUGCUGACAGCUGCCUUACGCACAGAUGAUGACUAUAAAGACUAUGGAACUAACUGCGAUUCCAUGGCUGCAGAAAUCGAAGACCAUGUCUAUAAGGAGUUUAGGGCCACAGAUAUGAAGUACAAGAACAGGGUACGCAGCCGCAUCAGUAACCUGAAAGACCCGAAGAACCCCAACCUGCGCAAGAACGUUCUGGCAGGUUCCAUCGAGCUGCUUCGGUUUGCCACCAUGAGUGCUGAGGAGAUGGCCAGCGAUGAGCUGAAGGAGCUGAGGAACGUCCUGACCCAGGAGGCUAUCCGUGAGCACCAGAUGGCCAAGACCAGCGGCACCACCACAGACCUGCUCCAGUGCGGCAAGUGCAGAAAGAAGAACUGCACCUACAACCAGGUCCAGACACGCAGUGCUGAUGAGCCUAUGACCACCUUUGUGCUGUGCAACGAGUGCGGAAACCGCUGGAAGUUUUGCUGAUUGAUUGCUGAUUGGACAACUCCCAAGAGCCCAGUCAAGAGCCCCUUCUUAAAGAAGAGAGGACCUACGUCAGUUAAAAAAGUCUUUUGCCAUAUUACCUUCUGCUUGAUAUUUGUACAUGACAUUUUGAGAUUCUUCAUUUAUUACUUAUCAUUUUAAUGGUGAUGAUCACGUUUUUACAUUCAGGGGAAGUUGUGUAACUUUCUAAAUUGCUGGAUUUGAUAAUUUAUCUUUUAUGAAAUUGGGUUGAUUUUCAGUGUAUUUUUCAAUGUCACGAGCGUCAAUGAGGGGAAAUUGUGAGUAGUUUCAGUUAAGAUUCUACUGUAUGAAUACUGUAGAAUCAAUUAGAUCAUUUUACAUUUUGAAAAGAUACCUACCCAUGGGGAAAAACAGAUUCUGGUUACCAUAGUAACUGAUCCCAAUUAUCUUAAUGGCAUAUCAUUUGUAACACACCUUUAACUUCAUGCACCCUUCAAUUUAUUCUAUUCAUUCUAUAUUUGUCACAGCAAUUUCCUGUGUACUAGCUGCAUUGUGUAUUAAGCGAAGGACAGUGUUUUACUGUAACCACAUAGCUGAAGAAUUUUUGCAAAAUCACACACACACUCACUCACACACACACACACACACACACACACACACACACACACACACACACACACACACACACACACACACACACAGAUACAUAGUAUAGGAUACAACACUUUAAAUCCACAUCUUUGUGUUGUUGUCUUGUACUACCAGCUGAGCUACACAAGUGGCACCACAAAUACAAACCAAUCAUCCAAAUGCCGUGAACUACAGUAGUCCUCAUGGUAACCAGAAUGGUCUCCCCUUGGGUGAAGGCUGUGGGAUGUUGAUGUCUGUGGGUACAGACGGGACAGCGAGAAGAGCAAUGUCUACUCAGACAAACAUUAGAGCUAAUGAAGUACAGUAGAUACAGUAGCAGCAUUCUAUAGACAUUGGUCCUAACAACACGUGUAGGCUACACCUUGUGUGCAGCAUUCUAUAGACAUUGGUCCUAACAACACGUGUAGGCUACACCUUGUGUGCAGCAUUCUAUAGACAUGGGUUCUAACACAUGUGUACACAUGUGUUGAUAGUUUUCAUCUGACUCUGUACAAGAUUUAGAUUUUAUAUGACUUCAUGUCAUACUCAUUUCUGGGUAAGAACCGGUGCACAUUACCAUUGGUAUUAAUUUAAAAGGUAUUUAGUGGAGAUAUUGUUUUCAGGUAGUACAGUAAGUAGACUAGUACAUGCAAUUCAUUGGCAGCUUUACCUAGUACUUAAAUAUGAACAAGACUGAUGGGAAUGUGGAUUAGACAUGCAGGAAGGCUUGCAGCAGAACAAAAUGUUUUUUUUUAAAACGGUGUUGACAACCAACACUGUAAUCAUUUGUAUAUAGGCCAGAUCAAAAUUAAAGUGAUUCUACAUACAGUGACCUGUU